UUAUCAAAUUAUCAUCAGAAGGAAAAACGACCUUUAUCUAGUUUCAUAUAAAUCUGCAAGGUGUACUAAAGAUCUACUAAAAUCUGCAAGGUGUAGAAGACAAGCAAUCUACAAGGACUGAAUCGAAGGUGUGAAUGGCUUCCUCUAGAAAAGUGGCAAUAGUGUCAGGCUCCAACAAGGGCAUUGGGCUGGCUAUUGUGAGGCAGCUGUGUAAGCAGUUUGAUGGAGAUGUGUUCCUCACUGCACGUAAUGAAGAUAGGGGAAAAGAAUCCAUAAGAGCUCUGGAAGCUGAAGGAUUGAGCCCGAAAUUCCAUCAGCUAGACAUCACCUCAAUUGAUUCCGUUGAAGAGCUUCGAAAAUUUACUAUUGAUACGUAUGGAGGUCUCGAUAUUUUAGUGAACAAUGCUGGGAUGGCGUACAAAAGUAGUACAACUGCUUCCAACAUUGAACAAGCUACAGUUACCCUCAAGACAAAUUUUACGGGCACACUAAACAUGCUGAGAGGUCUUGCCCCAAUUGUUCGUCCUCAUGGUCGAAUUGUGAAUGUUACCUCUUGGGUUGGUCUUUUCUCAAAGCUCUCUAGUCAAGCUCUUAUUGAUAAAUUGUCAAGUCCUUCUCUGACGGAAGAAGAGUUGGUUGCACUGAUGGGUCGAUUCAUUGAGGAUGUCAGGGAGGACAAGCAUGUGGAGAGGGGAUGGGCAAACAGCUUCUACUCCAACAGUAAAGUGGCCAUGAAUGCACUGUCUAAUGUCUACGCUAGGAAGCUGGCUUCUUCAGGCAAAGAGGAUGUGCUGGUGAAUGCCUGCUGUCCUGGAUGGGUUAACACGGACAUGGCUGGACCCAAAGCCCCCCUCACUCCUGACCAGGGAGCAGAGACACCUGUACUGUGUGCACUACUGCCUCAGGGAAGCCCGACCGGGAAAUUCUGGAAAGACAGAGUGGUGCAAAGCUUAGUUUGAACGCUACAUAUAGGAGUUAAUUUUAUGGCUGAAAAUGUGACUGUACUGUUAGUAUUUUUGUGGAAUUAAAGGUGGGAGGAAACUGACUGCAUUGUGGUUUGCAAUGAAUACCAUUAAUUUCAUUGGAA